AUGGCCUCGGACAUCAGCAGCGGCCCCGACAGCGCCGCCCAGAACCUCAAUAUUCUGGGAACCCUCAUUGGCUAUCUGGGAGCUGAAGCAGCAACCAUUCACCUGUUCGAACGCAUCCUGUGGCCACAGAGAUUCUGGAAUCGCCUUUCCCCCCGCAAUGCCUUUCUCGCAAUCUUCUUCAUGCCCAUGGGCGGCCCGUUGCACAAGGCGGCGCUGCAGACCUUGGACAGCUUCUUUGAGCACGGCUUGUUCAAAGGGGGGCAUAUGGGACAUAUGCUCGACACCGCAUUCUUUCAAGAUUACAAGCUGGAGUACACCGUGUGGAUUGAUGGCGAACCGAUUGAGAAGGAACAUACCAGAAAUGGGUUGUGGAUUCGUGCCAUCUCGGAGUUGAGAAUGCCGGCUUUGAAGAAUUUGAAGCAGAAGACUGAGGAGGCCGAGACGACGAAGGCAGGGAUAGUGAAGACUGAGGAGGUGGAAUGCUUGGAAGCGGGGACGGUUGAGGAACCGCCAGUGCGAUCUACGACAUCAUACAGUCAUCUAGUUCUAGCGUACAACAUCAAGAAGGCGACGAAUCCACCGGUCAUACGCAACGACACUGGAACAAUUUCUCCACAAGUCUAUGUUGGAGUCGUCCUCUCGGAGUUGACCGGCAUUGCUGUAGGGACAAUUGCAGCAUGUAUAUGGAAAUCUGGGCUUGCUACGCUUUGGUUCAUCCCACUUCUGUUGAAGCUCACCAGCACUUUCGCCGCAGUAGCUCGCGAGGACCUCACUCGUCCAGCCGACAACACAGAGGGGGAAACCGACAAGUGCUUCGAGAUCUAUCACCGUAAUGGAGUGUUGGUGAUCCAAGGGAAAGAGUCUGUCGUGCUCCAGUUCUUCCGCCAUUACGGACAUCCAAUCCGUGACCGUGGCCGGGAGAUACUCCAGUUCAUCAUCAUCAUUUGCCUUGGUUUUGUCUUCCCGGUCGGCCUCGUCAUUUCCAUCAUGUGGAUGCCUGUGCCGAUGCAGUAUCUCUGGCUCGGCUAUCAGCUCUAUGCCACGCUCGCGAUGCAUGUGUACCGCUAUGCUAAUGGCCAUCUGUGGGGGACCACUGAGGAGGCUAUCAUUGCGGGAUUCAACGAAUGUAGUCGAAAAGACUUACCACUUUCACAGGUUAUUCUCCGCGGUCAAGACGGCACUGAGGUUGUUGCGACGAUCAACACCACCUACUGCAAGAAUCUCAAGGAAGCCAAGCAGAAAGCAUCGGAGCGUCUUAGGGCGAGUAAAAUGGGUAGCAGGCAGUACUCGAAUUCAAGCACCACAUUGAGAAGUGAAAAUGAACAUGCAGAGGGAGAACCAGGCUCAGUGUCCUCGGAUAGGGAAGCAUGA